AUGAACUUCUUCAAGGCAGACAAGUCAACACAGUAUGUGUCUGUAGAAGAGAGCUCGGAGUGUAGUGAAGACCAGCUGCCUCUGCGAAGGAGGCCCUCGUCACCGAUUGUGUCGGUUUCUAGAUCUUAUUACUUUAUUUCGUUGCUUUUAUUUGCCAUUUUUCCUGUACUGGUCAUUGCCUUGUUUGUUCUUCACACUCGGCUAGCGAGUGCUCGAAUCGACAGCGGCUUUCUUAAAGGCUUCCCAACCGAGUUAGAACCAAUCAAAGGUGUACUUUCCAGUGAAACAGUACGUUUCACUGGCGGCCUUCACUUCUACAAGAAUGGGACCUUGUACCGUGAGGUAAUUGAAGGACAGCCUCAAUAUGUCGGGCCUCCAUCGCCAGAGAUUGAUGCAGCAUGGAAGAGUCUGCUGAAAGGCCAAUACAUGAACCUUGUUGGGAGCGAAGCAUCGAGCAUGGUCGGGCGCACGUGGAAAGACAGCCAUGGGAACUAUGAAGUGGCUCUAGAUGUGAUGCAUACCCUCCAUUGCGUGAACAAAGUGAGGAUGGCUCUGGAUCCAGAUUAUUACAAGGAGGAGGAAAGCCCUAGAAUUCAUAGGAUGCACGUCGACCACUGCCUUGACUAUCUUAGGCAGACGGUACAAUGCCACGGUGACCUGACUCCCAUGGUUUUCAGCUGGUCGGAUGAUGCUGGCAGGGUUGUUGCCGACUGGAAAGAACCUCACACAUGCCGCAACUUUAACCGUGUUCGCAGUUGGGCUGAAGACCACUUUCGGCCAUAA